AUGCUCCUUUUCCUUCUCCUAUGGACCUUGUUACGCAAUGCCCUCGAACCCGGUCUUGUUGACAUCCCGGGCCCUUUUAUCGCAAAGUUCACCGACCUCUGGCGUCUUUACAAGGUUUGGCAAUGGAAAUUCAAGGAAGAUCUCCCUUCCUUGCAUCAGAAAUACAACUCAACUGUGAUUCGUGUGGGGCCGAAGAUGAUCAGCUGUUCUGAUCCAAAGGCUGUAGAGUUGAUUUAUGGAUUUCACACUAAGUUUAAGAAGUCUGAUAUGGUCAAAGCCAUGGCACCGGUGUAUAAGGGCAAGAAACAGCCGAUGAUGUUUGCAGCGGCUGAUAACAAAACCCAUGCCCGAAUUCGAAGACCGGUUGCUGGAGCCUAUGCCAUGACAAAUAUCAUCUAUUUUGAGCCUUUUGUCGAUGAAAACACGAAACUAUUCUAUGCCAAGAUGGAGGAGCUUUUCAUCCAGCCCAAGAAACCUUGUGAUUUACACAAUUGGGUGCAAUACUUUGCGUUUGAUGUGGUCUUGCAGAUGACCAUGAGUCGUAAUCUGGGCUUCUUAAAGGUAGGUGGAGAUGUUGACGGUGUCUUGAAGCAACUACAGAAGGACUUGGAUUACCGGGGAAUCGCCCUGGCAAUGCCUAUUAUUGAUCGAAUCUGUCGAUUAAACCCAGUCAGCAGGUUUUUUAAGCCAAAUCAAUCCGCACAAUUCGCCAUACGCUGUCGACGUAUUCUGAAGGAUCGCCUUGAUGAAGGAAAAACCAGCACAGAUACAGGGAAGGAGAGCCAUAGUCAAGGAAGACCGCAUAAUUUCGCGCACCGCUUCCUGGAGGCGCAACGAAAGGACCCCAGCAUCUCUGAUGGGCAAUUGAUCGGUUAUGUUCAAGCAAACCUCGUCGCUGGCAGUGAUACAACAGCCAUUGUCCUACGCAGCGCUAUCUACUAUGCCCUCAAAAACCCGUGGAUCCACAAGCGAAUCAUCGAGGAAUUGGACUCAAAAUACCAGGGUACAUUCCCUGUCCCCUUCCGCGUGGCUCGGUUCGAGCUCCCAUUCUGUGCGGCGGUUGUCCGUGAGGCUAUGCGUAUGCACUUCGCUUUCAUUGGCAUGAUGGAACGGGAGACUCCGGCGGGGGGUGUGGAGUUGCCUGACGGGCGCAGACUUCCUGGCGGCGUGGUGAUUGGGAUGCACGGCGACCUCAUCGGGCGCGACAAGGGCAUCUUUGGUGACGAUGCUGAUGAGUUUAAUCCUUGCCGUUGGCUGCAGCAGCCCAACGAGCAGAAUGAGCAGUCUGAAGCCCGUCUUAAGGUGAUGAAUGCUCACGAUCUUGCAUUUGGACAUGGCCCUUGUGGUUGCAUUGGAAAAAAUGUUGCGGAGAUGGAAAUCUACAAGUUUAUCCCUACAUUUUUUGGGCUUCUGGAGGCGAUUCGCACUGACACGUUUGUUAGCCACAAUUCGUUCGCCCGGAAGAGCCUUGGAAAGUCCGCCAGCUUUUCCGUCUACAAGCAGUCGGGCAUGGAUAUGUAUCUGAACUGGAGAGAGGGGAAGAGCUUGCGGAGUCUCGAGAAAUAG